GCCGUGCCGUGCCGUGCCGUGCCGUGCCGUGCCGUGCCGGGGCCGGGGCCGGAGGCGGAGCGGCGGCGGCCGGACCGGCGGCCCGGGCCAUGGAGAGCGCCGCCAGCGGCGGGUCCCUGCGGGGCGAGAUCAGCUUCUGGGCUGAUCGAACGCCAGUUCAUGAAGCAGCCAGGCGGGGAGAGAUCCUACAGCUGCAGCAGCUGAUAGAGAGUGGAGCCUGUGUGAAUGCAGUCACCUAUGACUCUAUCACCCCGUUGCAUGAGGCGAGCCUGCGGGGGCAAACACAGUGUGUCAAGCUUCUGCUGGCUGCAGGGGCCCAGGUGGAUGCCAGGAAUAUCGAUGGCAGCACUCCGCUCUGCGAUGCCUGUGCCUCAGGUAGCAUAGAGUGUGUGAAAGUGCUGCUGUCCCACGGUGCCAAGGUGAAUCCUCCCCUUUACACAGCAUCUCCCCUCCAUGAAGCCUGCAUGAAUGGUAGCUCAGAGUGCGUGCAACUCCUCAUCGAUGUUGGCGCGAACUUGGAGGCUCACGACUGCCAUUUUGGGACUCCCCUACAUGUGGCCUGUGCCAGGGAGCAUCUGGACUGUGCAAAGUUGCUGCUGAAGGCAGGGGCAAAUGUGAAUGCUGCUAAACUUCAUGAGACAGCCCUCCACCAUGCAGCAAAAGUGAAAAACGUAGAUCUGGUGGAGAUGCUGAUUGAAUUUGGAGGAAACAUUUACGCAAGGGACAACCGAGGAAAGAAGCCAUCGGAUUACACCUGGAGCAGCAGUCCCACAGCAAAGUGCUUUGAGUACUAUGAAAAAACGCCUCUGAGUUUGUCACAGCUCUGCAGAGUUACAGUGAGGAAGGCUGCUGGGCAGCGAGCACUGGAGAAGAUUGCCAAGCUAAAUAUUCCUCCGCGACUAAUCCAGUACCUGUCCUACAACUGAUGGGGAAAAGGUGGCUGGGAAGGACGAUAUCUUAAGCUCCCGCAGUAUGAAGUAUCUUGUCUCUUUCUCUUCUACCUCCCCCCAAGAAACUAAUUUUAAUUUCAGCAAACUGGUGUAAAUAGUAUUUAUGAGGCAGCACUUCCUCUUCUCCGUGGGCAAAAACAGGCUCAGACGAUGUGUAGCACUGGCUUGAAGCUGGAUCUGUUAGACUGUCACUGUGUUUGAGGCCAUAGUGCUCGCUCUUUGAGUGGGAUUAGUCUUGCCUAAUUUUACAUGUCUCUAGCCUAAGGCAUCUCCGUAUAAUCUAGCCAGGCUCCCUUUGCAGUCAGUGAAGAGAAAUAGAUACUUCUGGAGCAUGAUUCAUCUGUCCCCUUUUAGAUGCCUGUGCUGGGAUGAUACAGUAUGCCUUGGGAGCGCCUCUCUCCGCUGACUGCAAAGGGAUUUGGAGGUGAUACCCUCAGAUACAGACGUGUGUGUUUCUGCAGUGGGAGCGCUGGAUCCCACCUCAGUGUUAAUAACUCAGGUGAUGACUGCCUAAUGCCAAGGGACAAGGUUUGAGAGACGUGUGUGCUCUAGCUGGAGGCAAAUUAAGUCUCCAGCAAGCUCAGGACUAAUUAGAGGUACUGCAGCCAGUUACUGACUUUCCGUGAACAUCAGUGGGCUUUGGCUCAACGCCAGCGGUGAGGACAAACUGCUGCCAGAUCAGGGGGGACUUUGCCCAUGCUCCUUCCUUGCUGACGGUGAGCCAGUCCUUACUGUAGUGUUCCUCUAGGGUAUCACCGUGUCUAAUUUUCAAGCCCAAGCAGGAAGCAGGUCUCUCUGCACAUCCAGGGAUGCUUCCCUCCAGAUGGCUGGUCCCAAACAAUAUUUUUCCACUCACUCUGAACUACUGUGGUUGCUCUGUUGGUUUUCUGUGCAAUAAGUGGCAGAGCUGCUGCCCGAUGGUGCCUGAAGUACGGCGAGAGCAUGUUCCUUGUGUAGCGGUGCAGCAGAUCCCUGUGGUGUAUACCCACACGUGAAAGGCAAUAGGAGGGCUGGGUUCUGACUUAGGUUUUGAGAUUUUUAUUUUUAUUUUCCCCCCCUCCGAGUUUGUCUCUCAGUGCUGGAGCCUCUUCAGAGGUUGGCAGCAGGAGGCAGCCCUGAGCCGUGUGCUGCUGAGUGUUGUGCUUGAAUCCUUCGGCUUCAGCUGGCGUGACUGCAGCUUUGUCCGUCUGUGAUUUGAAUCUUGUAUGAGCAGAGCCAAAAUUGUCGUCUGCCCUCCAGAUGAGAUGUUACAUGUUGUCUGAAGGCAGUAACCUACAGGAUACAUGGUACUAAGGGGAUGGAGCUCCCCAGUGCCCCCGUGGCAAGUUUUAGCACUGUGAUGAGAAUAAAUUUCUCCUCUGAAUGACAGCAGAUGUCCCGAAAUCCGCUGUCUAAUGCGGCAUCAAGCUAACUCAGGGCUCUCAACAUUCUUCAUGCUGUGAAUUAAUGAUUAAAAGUAAGCAAUCUCUUUCAAGAUCUCUCGCUCCCCUGGCCAGCACGAUGGGGCUCAGCCUUGGGAGGGACAGGGGAAAAUCGCAUAAGCACAGGGUUGAUGAGCUGAGGUGGAACUGAAUGCACUUUAAUGGUGACCAGCAAAUCACUUUGUUUUUUAAUUUUCCGUUAGGUUCAUUCCCUCUGCACCCCUUUGGUGGUUUUAUUUUGCUGUGCCGUGUCAUAUAGAGCUGGACAGAAAAAAGUUUGAGAUCCUGCUCUUUGCGUAAUUGUCUGUUUAUAAUUCUGUUUUUUGUCUUUAAUGUAUCAGAAAUGUGAAGUUGCUGAGAAGCUCAGGGAAGCCCUAGAAGUGUUUAUUGCCAGAUUGAUAGGAUAAAGGUUUUGUUUUCAAGAAAAGCUUCUUCUGCCCAACAUGCAUGUCCUUACAGACAAACAUGUAUUAGGAAAGUGUACCUUUUGGUAAUCUGGGGUGAAAACCUUCCCUAUUGGUUCCAACUCAAAUCCCUUGUUAGGUUGCUUUUUUUAACAUUGCCUAAGCUGACGAAAUAAUGAAGCGGGUAAGUCCAAGUUUCCAAUGUAAAAGCUAAAGAUUCCUUGAACAACCGAGAAUAAAAUGACAAGUUCCUAUUUAUGUCAUCUUUAUUUUUUCCCUCUCUUUUAAAUCACCUUUCUGGUAGGUCUGAAAGUUUUGUUGUUUUUAUUUUUUAAUGUCUUUUUAGAGGUCCUGCUGAUCAAUGCAGCAUCCAGGAGGGGCUUACUGAGAGAGCUAAGCACCUCUUAUUUGGUGGCAAUAGCCAGACCCAUUGAGUAGCAGUUUUCUUAAGACAUCCACUUGUUACAGCCAUGUCUGGAGGGAGAGGUGUUCCAGGAAAGUCCUUUGAGAGCCAACAAACUAGAAAACGACACCCAAGUUGUUUCCUGGUGUGCUGUGGUUCUAAGGCAGGUGGCCCGAUCAUGCCGUGGCUGUUGGUGACCCAACAGGUGUUUACUUGUGCAUCUCUGAGUUUCUAAACUGCAAGUGAAAACUGAGGUUUAUAUUCUUUUUGAUCUUUUAUCCCCCCUGUCUAGCCCUCAGUUCUUUUAAUCCUGCAGGGAUUUCUCAGCUGGUUGUGUAGCAUCUUCUGAGCCGUUGUGUUUUACAGCUCAGAGUAAAGGCGAAGUAGAUGCCAAAUUAAACUGAUGUGAUGUUUUGCUUACCUUAAUAUCUCAGACUGCAAUUUUUGUGGCAGUUAGCUGUUACUGCAUGAGUAGCAUCAUCAUCCUUACUGCAAGUAUAGUCUGGAGAGCUGGGAAUCACUGCAGCCAUCUCAAAUUAAGAUUAGAAUUAGAAGCUUUGGAUAACGUUGCCCUAACAGGGGGGGUGAGGGCUACACUGAGGGUCAGAUUUGGAUUAGGGUCUCUCCUGGCCCAUGAAUUGCUGAGAGUAGCUCCACUUACUAACACAAGAGGCCAUGGCAGGUUGUCAAAGAGCCAUCCCCAACACUCUGCUUCUGCUAACCUGUCGCACCGCGCUGCCCUGCUUGACAUGAACCACAGAAAUGGAUGGUUCAGGAUCACCUGCAAGACAUCCCAGAGGCUGUGGACAUGCUUUUCUGUAUCCCAUUAAGCCAUACCCAUCUCUCAUUGCACCAUCAUGUUGUAGGUACGGGUUGGGAAAGGCUGUUGUGGCUGCCUCCAGUAUUACCCUCCUCCGGUUAUUUUUGCAGUGAUUGUGGUUUGUUUCUUAUGUGUAUGAGAAAGAAGGUCUCAAGGACCUUAUCUUCUGGAAGUUUAUGCAUCUCACCUGGGUGAUAUACCCUCUGGCCACAUAAGUUGCCUUCUCUCAGUUAUGGGUUAAAAAACUUGGAGAUCCCAAGCACCCAAUUCACUCUUAGAUUAUAGGGACUGGGUGCUUUUGCUGUUUCAGUGGUAGCUGAAGGACCUGUGGGUUUUUAAAGAGUUUGGGGAUUGCUGGGAAUGAAGGAGGCUCUCUGAAUCAGAGGUAUUAUUAAGUGAAACUCCUCGACUGACUCUGCUUGGAUUACACCCACUGCUUUAUUUUUAUGUUCUGGCUAUUAUUUGACUUCCUUCACCCUUUAAUCCUAAUGUCAAAUUAGGGCAUAAAUCCAAUGCAAACAAACCCAAACCCACCAGGUUAGUCCUGCUUUCAUCCAUCCCCUUUCCUGGGCUCCCCAAACUGCAAACCCAGUUGAGCAUUUUGGGCCACCUCCCCUGUCCUGUGGGUUUCUCUGCCAGCUUUGCUAUGGGUCCAGAAGCACAGGGAGCAGUCUGAAGUAAUGCUGCUGCUUCAGGGAAGCCCAAAUGAGAACAGGACUUUGCUUUCAUCCAGGAAAAUCAUCUUAUGGACAGUCAGGCUUGCUCCCGGGUUGCUCGCUGGUGGUUGCUGCUGGCCAGGCUUCUUAAGGUCAGCUCGUGAGCAGGGAGCUUGAUCAUAGCAGCUUUUCCCCAGCUAUGUGAAGUUUGUCCAGAAAAAACAAGGUGUGGCUGAAGCUGAUGAUUGGAAGAAAGCCUCACAGCGCUGAAGAAUUAACUCCUUGUAAUGCCAGCAGCCAUUGCUUUCCCAGGACGAUGUGGAGAGGAGCCACCCUUCCCCUCUAUGCAUGAAGGAAAGAUUUGUGCCAUUGGUGCAGCUCCCCAAGUCUUGGCAUAAAGAAACAGCAGAGAAGGGAAGGCAACAAACACAAACAGGGUUGGUGGUUUUAUUUUUUAAUAUCUUGUACAAAAUAUCUUUGUACAAGAGGGCAAACCCCAAGAGCUGCCCUAAUCUUAGCAGCAACAAGAAAAGACCUCAGUGUCCUCUGGAAGGCGGCACCUGAAGAUGAGUAAUGCAGUGGUUGCAUCAUGGUUAAAGCAAGCAUGAGCAUGAAGUAUCUGUUCUACCUCUUGAUUUAAAAAAAAAACCAAACAAAACCAACAAACCCAAAUGCUGAAGACCUUGAGUAUUUACCUGAGCUUUCAACACCCUGUUCAUCACUUCCCUCCUUUCUUCAGGGGAACAAGUGAUCCUGCAGGCACUUGCAAGAAGAUGGUGCCUGUCCUGUGCACUUCAGCGGGAGUCAGUGUAAACUCUGCAGUAAACUCAGUGUAAAAGGGCAGUCUCUGCUGUCUGGCGCUUGCUUGAGGUCCAGCCUUGGGCAGCUCAGAGGCUGGUGAACAUCCUGUUCCCUGGCUUGGGGAUGGCCGGAGCAGUAGUUGUUUUGAAAUCAGGGGUUUUAAGGCCAAGGCUGUUAUUUUCAAACUUAAAGCCAGCAUCUAAACCCAUAGCAAGGUAGCAAAGCGUAAGGGAGGAAAAAAAACCCCACUGAUUUCUUAGGACCUUUGGAAAUCUUGACUACUUCUAUGUGGCACCUUUAGGUUCGCCUGUGCUGUUAGUUAACCCGAGACUCUCCUGCCUGCAUGUUACUUUGAACAAAAACCUCAUGCAUCCUGCCAAAAAACCCAAACCAACAACUUUUCCACCCAGCAGCAUAGAUGCAGCUUGUUCUUUGGUGGGUGCCCUGUAACUGUGAUACUCCGAUUCUUCUCUGGGUUUAGGUACUGAGACACCAGGCUCAGGAAGCAAUGACCUCUGUUUGGAAAGAGUAUAGCAUGUUAUGAAGAUGCUAUUUGUAUUUAUACCUGAUUGUCUGAUUUGUAAUGGUUCCUGGCAUGCUGUGGAGGUAAGAUUUGGGCAGGUGUGAACACGCUGGAGUGCUAUUCGUGAUUAAAACUCGCUCUGGAAGGUUU